CCCCCGCCCCCCGCAGCCGCCUUCUGGCCGUGGGGCCGUCAGGACAGAGUUGCGCGCCCUUCCCCCGGGGCCUGCGCGUGCCUCGGGGCCACCUUGCAUUGCGGGGGUGAUUGGCGGCAGAGCGACCCGGCUGCCGCGAGGCAUGGGCGGCGGGCAGAAGGGCCCCCACAGGCAGAGUCGGAAGGCGGACAAGGACCGGGUGGAUCGAGGACCGGGGGACUGGUGAGCAAAGGGCUGCGGACCUGUCCCCCAAGGAGGCCGGCAUGGAAGGGGAACGCCUGUCCAGCCUUCAGGCGUUUGCUGGGUCGUCUUCCCUGCACGGCGUGAGCCACAUCUUCGCUUAUGGCACGCUGUCCCUCCGGCGCAUGGUCUGGGCCCUCUUCUUCCUGGGCUCCCUGGGGCUGCUGGUGCUGGUAUGCGUGGAGCGCAUCACCUACUUCUUCACCUACCCCCACGUCACCAAGCUGGAUGAGGUGACCGUCCCAAACCUCACCUUUCCGGCUGUCACUAUUUGCAACCUGAACGAGUUCCGCUUCUCCAAGAUCACCCGCAAUGACCUUUACCACGUGGGAGACCUGCUGGCCCUGCUCAAUGCCCGCUACGAGAUCAGCAACGCCCACCUGGCAGAUGCAGAGACGCUGGCUGCCCUGCGGGAGAAGGCAAACUUCAGGGGCUUCAAGGCACGGCCCUUCGACAUGGCGGACUUCUACAAUCGGACAGGCCAUGACCUGGUGGAGAUGCUCUGGCAGUGUACCUUUCGGGGGGUCAACUGCAGUGCCCACAACUUCACUGUGAGCUUCACCCGCCUGGGCAAGUGCUACACCUUCAACUCAGGGGCCUCUGGCUACGAGCUCCUCACCACAGUCAAGGGCGGGACAGGCAACGGCCUGGAGCUCAUGCUGAACAUCCAACAGGAUGAGUACCUGCCUGUCUGGGGGGACACAGAUGAGACCUCGUAUGAAGCCGGCGUGAAGGUGCAGAUCCACAGCCAAAACGAGCCGCCUUCCAUUGACCAGCUGGGCUUUGGUGUGGCCCCUGGCUUCCAGACCUUUGUGUCCUGCCAGGAGCAAAGGCUCUUCUACCUCCCCGCCCCCUGGGGGGACUGCCAGGCCACCCCCACCGAGUCAGCGUUCUUCACCAACUACAGCACGGCUGCCUGCCGCAUUGACUGCGAGACGCGCUACCUGGCCGAGAACUGCAACUGCCGAAUGGUGCACAUGCCAGGCAACGCCAACAUCUGCACCCCAGAGCAGUACAAGGAAUGUGCGGAUCCUGCCCUCGAUUUCCUGGUGGAGAAGGACAACGAGUUCUGCUCGUGCCAGACGCCCUGCGAGACUGUUCGCUACAGCAAGGAGCUCUCCGUGGUCAAGAUCCCCAGCAAAGCCUCAGCCAAGUACUUGGCCAAGAAGUACAACCGCAGCGAGCAGUACAUCAUGGAGAACCUGCUCGUGCUGGACAUCUUCUUUGAAGCCCUGAAUUAUGAGACUGUUGAGCAGAAGAAGGCCUAUGAGGUGGCCGGGCUGCUGGGGGACAUUGGAGGCCAGAUGGGCCUGUUCAUUGGAGCCAGCCUCCUCACCAUCCUGGAGAUCUUUGAUUACCUGUAUGAGGUGCUGCGAGACAAGCUUUCCGGUUACUGCCAGAGCAGGAAGGAGGCCGAGCAAAGCAACGGCGGCAACCUGGUAGGCGCUCGACCUCCUGCUCUGCCCACAGGGCCGCUGCCCCCGCCCCGCCCCGCCCGCGUCCAGGGGAAGGAGCCCCCGCCUAGAGGAGACCGUUCAGAAAAGCAAGGCAAUGGCCAGGUGGGGGUCGGGGGCAAAAUAUGGGUCAGGCACACACCUUCCAGGCAGCUGUUGCUACCAGUGAGGAAAGGAGCACAGGGCAGAGGAGGGAAGCAGCACUUUAUAGCAAUCACAACUAUUCACAUCAAUGACUUGUCACAGCUCUGA